AUGGCCCCCAAAGAGGAAUACCUCUUGAUUGCCCAAAAAAGAGCUGAAGAGAAAAAGACUCACGUUAGUUUUCCUCAAUUGAAGUACCCUUCUCUUAGAGAUGAAGGCUUUAAGGACCCGGUACAAUGGCUCACAGGAAAAGCCAUGGAUGACGGAGCGGAAGGCUUGUGGCGCGUAAACAAUGGAAUUUACGAUUUGAAUGAUUUUGUUAAAAGGCAUCCCGGAGGAGCCGAGUGGUUGGAACUCACUAAGGGUACAGAUAUAACUGAAGCAUUUAUGUGCCAUCAUUUAAGCCCUCAUGUAGAGAAAAUGCUUGAAAAAUUUUACGUUAGGAAUGCAAAGACGCCACGAAAUUCACCAUUUACAUUUAAAGAAGACGGUUUUUAUCAAACACUAAAGAGAGAAGUUGUAGAAGAACUAAGAAAAGUUCCAUCACAUGUUCCCAAAUAUGCUGAUAUGAUUACUGAUGGAAUGUUUGCGACAUUGCUAUUGUCGUCGGCAUUGGCCUGUUGGGCUAAGCACAACUUGGUUGUUAAUGUUGCAUACUUGGUGGCUUCCUUAUCUUUGAGUUGGUUAACUGUGAAUGCACAUAACUAUAUUCAUAGGAGGAACAACUGGAGAAUGUACUUGUUCAAUUUCACCAUGUGGUCUUACAGGGAUUUCAGAGUAUCACACGCUCUAUCUCAUCAUUUAUAUCCUAACACUCUAAUGGAUCUCGAAGUCAGUGGUUUUGAACCAAUAGUUUGGUGGAAUCCUCGAAAGAAUGUGCCUAUGACUUAUAAAUUUGCUUUUUUGUUUGAAUUGAUUGCGUUUCCUUUCGGAUUUAUCCUCAAUUUUAUCAAAAGAUUUUUAAGAAAUUUUACAAUGGAAAAUUUCUUCAAAGAUCAUUACCGUUGGCAUGAUGCUGUCGGUUUUCUUCUCCCAAUAUGGAUGUAUGUUGCUAGUGGUGCUACUCUGUAUGAAACAAUUGUCAUGUGGUUAUGGAUCCUCUGCACCGGUAGUUUUAUUUUCUUUUGGAUCGGAUCAACUGCCGCACAUCAUCAUCCGAAGAUAUUUAAGGAUGGCGAUCAAGUCAGGGAUCCUGAACCUGACUGGGGUAUGCAUGAGUUGGAAGCCGUCAUGGAUAGAACAGAUAUUAAUGUAAAUCUUUUCAAAGUGUUGACUUUCUUCGGCGAACAUGCCCUACACCAUCUCUUCCCGACAUUGGAUCAUGCAGUGUUGCCAUACCUUCAUCCAGUCUUCUUGAAUAAUUGCCAGAAAUUCAGGGCUAAUUUCAGAAUGACUUCAUCUCUUGACUUGUUUAUUGGACAAAUUCAACAGACUUUGAAAACAGAGCCUAACGUUCUUGUCGAUAACUAGGGUUUAUUUUAAAUUUUAAAUUUUUUAAUUUCUUAGGGUUUAUUGUUUAUUAAAAAUAUAUAAAGUUGAAAAUUAACUUGUUUAACCAUAAAUGGGCUGUUUCUUUUUAUUAUGUCAAAUAGUUGACAAGUACUUUGACUACACUAAUAAGGGAGUUACCACACUUAUUGACGCGAAAUUGGCUUGAGCCGGUCGGAAAAAGAUUUACGUCCUUGCAAUAAGAGCGAAAAGAGUUGCGCGUUUGGCUUCUGCUCGGACUGUCGUCGACGCGAAACGCGUAACGCCUUUUUAGGUCGCAUUUCAUGGAUACAAAGAUUUUUUUGACCGGCUUAAUGCGAUUCCGUGUCAAUAAGGCUGUUUUCUGAUUUGUCAUUGAUCAGGAAGCGCACAUUGAAAUAUAAGGGCUCGGUAAGCUUUCGAUACUGCGUAUACCGAGCGAGCAGAUGCCGCACCAUUACCGCACCGAAAAAUAAGGAAACGACCUAAGUGUGAUCACUCCUUUAAGAUAAUUCUUAAAAAAGAUAAUUUUGUCAACAACGUUUUCCAACAAGAUCGUAUGCUGCUUAUAAUUAAAUUUUAUGUAAGUGAACAUUAGCAGAUAAUCUAUUUAUAAUUAUAAUUAUCUUAUCUGUAAUACUUGGGUACUAAGAAGAAAUAAACAUCACUUUUCAACUGUAUUGUUACUUUGUACAAUACUUGCAUUAUUUUAAAGAAUCAGCAGUGUGACAUAGACAGCAACUAUGUCGAAAGAUUCUUGCUUACUUUUUUUCUAUUUUAACGAAGAAUUGUUUUUAUAAGACUGUCAAUUCUGGUUUCCCCAAGGGGAAAAGGAGGGAGUGUAUGUAUAUAAAGAUACAUUUGGUGAUGGCGAUAACACAAGAAUUAACAGUUUUGCUUUAAUUCCGACAGUCAAGAAAAUACAAGAACAUAUUGUUGAAAUGAACACGUGACGAUAAAUAAUUGACUAUU